AUGUACAUGCAACCACUGGGAUUGGAUAGCGGGAGCGGUUCUACGGCUCUAGGUUCGCUGGAGGAGGGUCAAAUGCCACCGUCAUCGGGCGCUGAUGCUCAUACAAAGAAGCGCAAUAGGAUAUCUUUUGUUUGCCAAGCCUGUCGACGGUCUAAAACUAAAUGCGAUCGCGAGAAGCCACGAUGCAGCAGGUGUGUCCAACAUGGUAUACAAUGUGUGUAUGAUGUGGAACAGCAACCGGCGCCAAAGAACCCUAGCAAAGAUGCAACUAUUGCACGGCUGGAGAAAGAAGUGGCGUAUUGGAAAAGUAAAGCACAAGAUGGUUUAAACAAGGAACAGCAUUAUACCGGUGCGUCUAAGCGACUUCGAGAAUCAAGUUAUCCUUCUGGUACACAACAGGCUAAGAAAGUCAAGGGCUGGCCGGCAUACGGUGUGCCCGAUCUAGAUGACAUCCAGGUUAACCUGUACAGGACACAUCCCUGUAUGAUUAUGAAUAGAGUCAUGAAACGCGAAGUUAAACCUCUGUCGGAGAAUUACGCAAUCACACAGGACCCUUUCCUGUCUGGCCUGAUUGCUGCAGUGUUCCUAGGUCCGUCGAAUAAUACCAUGAUUCCGGCGUUAUCAGCAAAUGCCAGUGUCUCCAGAGCGCUUCCGUCUGUCAGAGAUAAUGUCUCUAAGCUUAAAGAGAAGCUCAUAAGCCAAUGUCACAAUGAAGCUCAAAAAGCGAGAAUAAACGAAUUCACGGAAAGAAUAUUACAGAAUAACACCAAAGAUAGGGUGCGAGUAGGGAUGCUGCCUAAUGCCAUGAGGUCCUCAUUCGAUCGAAACUACUUGGAGGAUAUCUGCCCAAGCAACGGCGACUACUCAGAAGCGCUAAAGUCGUUCAUUUUAGAAAUGCAAGAAAUAUUGCCCCCACUUAAGAUACUCAAUAGCUACAAGGCACAUUUUUAUGAAUGCGUUUUUCCUGACCUUCCGUUUCUGAAUAAGCAACAUUUCGAAGAAUCAUUGGCAUCAACCUUAUUCGAAGAUGAAGAUGACCCCACCAAGAUCAAGAUCAAACUCGGCCGUUCCAGACUGCGAAGCAAGAUGGAGAAUUUAUGUAUUCUUCUCGUCAUAUUAAAAUUGUCAUAUAUCUCACUUUUAUUCCUCAAUGAAGGAGCGGAGGAGAUGGAUAGCGACAGCAACAGGGAUGUCAUCAAUAAAUAUCCAAUUGGUAAUGAGACUAUUCUUUUAGCUGAGAAUGUUCUAUCUGCUGAGAAUUUGUUUGCCUGUGCGAACGAAAACAUCAUAACGUGCCUCCUUUACAUAUGGUCAUUCUUUAUCUAUUCACCAGAAGAGGGCGAUUUUUUUCUUGAACAUCCAACCGAUGUUCUCACUGGAGUAAUUGUCAUGUUGGCCUCCUCCAUAGGGCUCCAUCGUGAUCCGUCUGACUUUCCUAGGAUGUGCGAAUUGGAAGAUCCAAGCGUAAUAAUUCACAGAAGGACAUUAUGGAUUGCUGUAAUCACUACUGUUUGCCUCGAAUCAAGCUUGAAAGGUAGACAUGCCUUGUCUUUGGACACUGCAAUGGAUCAGUUUAUGAACCUUAAAGGUUCCCAUGCUAUGGAGGAUUAUAUGCGGAAAAUCAAACGAGACAAGCUCGGACAGGAUGCCUUUGAAAUAAGGGUGCAUGAGCUUUGUUUGAAGCGCUCAUUUUUGGCCCUGCUGAUUUAUGAUAUGGAUAAGCUAUCUUUGACCUAUAGAGGCUCAUUCAAUUUAGGUGAAAUGGAGGAAUUACGAGGCAGGAUUGAAGACUUUCUCGCCGAGACCUUUGACACUAGAAAUCUGGAAAAAGCACCCGAUGGGGCAAUACAUGAAACCACCGAAUUCCGCAAGUCCAAUAUGGGUAAGGCCCAAAAUUCGAUUGGUCUGCACUCAGUGAUGAUGAGCAGAGUAGUGCUUUUAAGGGCUUCAAUGGCACUGUUUUACCAUUUUGAAUCAGCUGCGAUAGAAAAUUCCGAACAAUUGCCACUUUACGGAAAGUAUCUUGUGCGUGUAUGCUCUGACGCGCUCACAUUGAUAAGUUUCAUAACCAAAUAUUUUGGCGAUGGAUAUAAGUCUAGUUUGCUGCCGUCUUAUUGCUACAAUAUCACAAAAGGUACUCAAAUCGCUCUUUCCUCAACAUUUUUCGGGAUGCUGGGCAUCAUUAUGAGAAUAGAAAUGGCUAACAAUAUCAUCUUCUGCAAUUAUCAGGAUGAGGCUUCAAACAACAGCGAUCAUUUGCAGACAAGCAAUCAAAAGAUGGAAACACUUAAGGCCCUGAAGAUGGAUCUUGAGUCUGCCUUAGAAAGUGUGUACCGUGUGGCAUCCAAGCAUCUAAGGUUUACAUAUUUUUCGGUAUUCAAGAUGCUAGCUCUUUUCGAUGUCAUUAUUCAGAGGAUGAAAAAAGGUGAACUGUGGAAUACCAUGUUAAGGCUAAGGCAUGUCGAAAAGAUGAACCAACGAUCAGUUAAAGCUUUGAGCAUGGCUUUGGCUUUGGAUCUCGAUGGUAGGGGUACAGUGAUUAGCCAAUUGAAGAAGAGAAACCAUCUGGUGCGCUUGCCAGCCGAACACUUGAGUGCAAUUUUCCGAGAGGUGAGAGGUGUAAUAGACGGAGAAAACGCAAUUAUUCCGAAGCAGGAGUCGGCGGCAUCUUAUCCGGCUUUCUCCGAUAGAAGCUUGGCAGGUAACAAUGUCAAUCUUGGCAACUUCGACAAGCUUUUUUCAGCUGCGGCUCUAAGCCAGAAUGUGGACAUACAAUCGAGUUCCCUGGGUACUUGCGAAGCAAGCCAUGCAAGCAACGACCGCGCAGCGGCUAACAACGAUGCUCGAUUGAUAAAUGAUCAUAAAAACGAUUUGGACCUAGCGUCCGCCGUUCCCAUGGAUUUUCCGGGUCUUUUCGGCGGUCUGGACCUAUUCGACUACGAUUUUCUAUUCUCCAAUGACGGCUGA